AUGGAAACUUCCCAAAUUGAUAGCGAUUUCAAAGGCACAAUAAGUUGGAAGUCUCCUAGAAGCGGCAAAACGAUCAAAGUUGAACAAAUUGUUGAGAAAAAAAAGGAAGAAGAUAAAGAAAAAUAUUUUAUUUACUAUACAAGCAAGAAAGGACUUCCAAAAUUCAAAUGGGUCGAUUCAACAGAAGUUACAGCAAUAAAGCAGUCACAUGAUUCGAAAAAGAAAAAGCAAAAAUCAUCUAAGGAUGAAAUCAUAUCAUCUCUUCACUUAAAACACGGUGAUCGAGCUUUUUUAUUUGAUACAUCAGAAUGGGAGAAAGAAAAUGAUACAUUAAUAGAAUCCAAAUUUAAGAAACCAUAUGUAAGCCUUCAUAACGUAGAUGGACAAUAUGAUAGGCAUGGUAGCUUCUGCUGGUAUUUGAAAUACUCAAAUGGGUCUGCUAUUAGAGCAAAUAACGAAAUUAAGCAAGAAGAUCCUUCCUUGUUCCUCAAAUAUAUUAAAGCACAGCCAGAUAAAUUCGUUGACCCUAGAACCAAUUGA